CUACUUGUAUGGGUUUCCCACAAAAAAAUCUUUACCUGGUAACCUACCCUCUUCAAAGUCUUGCCUCUCCAUUCAGAUAUCGUUCUUUUCCUUGAUCUCUCUCAAACUCUAAAUCUUAACUGUAGUGUCCCUGCAACUCUGAUGGCUUCCUGCUUAGGGUGUUGUUUUGGAAACACGAGUACUGAUAAACAUGGCAGCACUGACAAAAAAGAUGGUGGAUCUACAUUACCGGCACUCCAACCAGUGACAUCACCUCACCACUCACCAGUUAUGGAUCAGAUUGAAUCUAGCUCUGUAGUUCAGCAUCAAGAGAAUCAAGAUGGUGGAUCUACAUUACCAGCACUCCAACCAGUGUCAUCACCUCACCACUCACCAGUUAUAGAUCAGAUUGAAUCUAGCUCUGCAGUUCAGGAUCAAGAGAAUCAAGAUGGUGGAUCUACAUUACCAGCACUCCAACCAGUGUCAUCACCUCACCACUCACCAGUUAUAGAUCAGAUUGAAUCUAGCUCUGCAGUUCAGGAUCAAGAGAAUCAAGACGGUGGAUCUAUGUUACCUACACCCCAGCCAACUCCACCACCUCACGUCUCACCGGUUAUACAUCCGAUUGAAUCUAGCUCAGUAGUUCAUGAUCAGGAGAAUCAAGGUCAUGCUUCUACCUCUGAGAACCAUCAAGCGUAUGAGCUGAAGAAAUAUAACUUUGAACAACUAGCAGCAGCUACUGGUCAUUUCUCCAACAACUUUCUACUUGGCGAGGGUUCUUUUGGUCAAGUCUACAAGGGAAAGCUAGAUGGUAAAGUCGUAGCUAUCAAAAAACUUAAAAGAACACAGGAACAGCAUGAAAAGCCCCAAAAAAAUUUGGAGGAGAUUGAGGUCCUUAGAAAUGUAAGUCAUCCACAUAUUGUUAAGCUGGAAGGGUACUGCAAUGAACAAGCUAAUAAAUUGCUUGUUUUAGAAUAUGUUCGCAAUAAGUCCUUGAAUUUUCAUUUGCAUGAAGGAAAGGAGCUCUUGGCGUGGGACAACAGAAUGAAAAUUGCAAUCGGCUCUGCUAAAGGGAUUCAAUAUCUGCAUGAAGGCUGUGAUCCUAAAAUUAUACACCGAGAUAUCAAGUCCGCGAAUAUACUCGUUGACGAUGAAUUCCAGCCAAAGGUAGCAGAUUUCUCACUCGCCAUAUUUUUGCCGAUUUCUGAUGAUAUUACUCACAUCAGUAGUAGUAUGAUGAAGGGAACUAACGUUUAUGCAGAUCCAGAGCAUUCUCCUUUCCAAAAAGUUUCUGAGAAGUCAGAUAUUUAUUCUUUUGGUGUUGUACUUUUAGAAUUAAUUAUCGGGAAAAAGCCUUCUGCGACAAAUUUUAACAUCAUUGAAUGGGUAAGAACCCGAAUUGAGUCAGCUUUGAGAAAAGGAAAAUAUGAAGAUCUUGUUGAUUCCAAAUUAACAAGUUAUCCAGCAGAAGAAAUGAAACGCGUGAUUUAUUGUGCUAUAGCUUCUAUAUUUAAACCUUCAAAGUUUCGUCCAAAAAUGAAAGAGAUCAUUGAAGUUCUUGAAGGGACUAUACCUCCAGAGCAGAUAUGGGAUUGGAAAGAUAAUAAAUUCUUACACGAUAACGCUAAGGCUAACGGAUCUCAUCAUGAAGACCAUCUCCAGCAUAUGGUGCAGAAGCCUCGCUUCGGAAGCUAAUGAUGGCAUUGAGCCGAGAGAAUUCACCUACCAAGAACAUACAGCGGCAGCUAAAGGUUCCUCCAUGAACAUUGGAGAAACUCCAUCUAAUGGCACUGAGAAUUUUCAAGAUUAUCAACCGAGGAAAUUUUCUUAUGAAG